UUUUUUUUGUGCUUGUCAUUGAGCGGAAGGUAGCUUCUGUAUACAGCAUAGAGAAAGCUGAUCCUGUCAACUAAAGGCUUGCAACUCAACUGGGAAUUAUUUAUUUUUACACUUAGGAAGAACUGAAGCAGUGGAACGCUGUUUCUGGUACAGCCUUCACUCUUGGUUGCCCGACCACGCCAAGAUGAACAAGAUGAAGAACUUCAAGCGGCGCUUCUCUCUGUCCGUGCCGCGCACCGAGACCAUUGAGGAAUCCCUGGGCGAGUUCACCGGGCAAAUUAACCAGCUCAACAACCACAUGAGCGGGGACCUGGUCCCCAGUGAUCUGCAGCUGACAGCCCUGCACCCCGCCCUGCAGCCAGACCGCAGUCCUGCUCCCUGUAUUGAGGGCACCCAGUCCCCCACGCAGCUCCGCUACCAAAAGAACCACCGCCACCGUCGAUUCUCCAUGGAGGACAUCACCAAGCGCAUAUCCCUGCCUGUGGACACCCGUCUCCCGGAGGACUUCCUGCAGAAACUGCACAUGGACAGUCCGCCUGUGUCCAAACCGCUCAGCAGGACGUCCAGACGGGCAUCGCUGUCUGACCUUGGCUUCGGGAAGCUGGAGACCUACAUCAAGCUGGACAAGCUGGGAGAGGGCACCUAUGCCACGGUGUUUAAGGGGCGCAGUAAGCUCACAGAGAACCUGGUGGCUCUGAAAGAGAUUCGACUGGAGCACGAGGAGGGAGCCCCCUGCACUGCCAUCCGAGAAGUGUCCCUGCUGAAGAACCUGAAGCAUGCCAACAUUGUGACGCUGCAUGACAUCAUCCACACAGACCGCUCCCUCACACUCGUCUUCGAGUACCUGGAUAGUGAUCUGAAACAGUAUCUGGACAACUGUGGGAAUAUCAUGAGCAUGCAUAACGUUAAGAUCUUCAUGUUCCAGCUCCUGCGGGGUCUCUCGUACUGUCACAAGAGGAAGAUCCUCCACAGGGACCUCAAACCCCAGAACCUGCUCAUCAACGAGAAGGGCGAGCUCAAGCUGGCUGAUUUUGCCCAGACUAUGGAAGUUGUAGAAGUUAGCAUUAGCAGGGCACUGAAACGACGUGUGCUCUCUCUCUCUCCUUGCUGCAGGGGCGUGGGCUGCAUUCAGUACGAGAUGGUGACGGGACGGCCCAUGUUUCCGGGCUCCACGGUAAAAGAAGAAUUCUACUUGAUCUUCAGGCUCAUAGGUACGCCGACAGACGACACCUGGUCUGGUAUAACAGCGAAUGAGGAGUUUAAAUCCUACCAUUUCCCUCAGUACAAACAACAGCCUCUCAUAAACCACGUGCCCAGGUUAGACACAGAGGGAAUUGACCUUCUUGCAAAUCUCUUAUUGUACGAGGCGAGAAGCCGGAUAUCUGCAGAAGCUGCUUUGAGGCACCCAUACUUCAAGAGUCUAGGGGAGCGGGUCCACUCUCUACCUGAUAACAGUUCCGUGUUCUCCCUCAAAGAGAUUCAGCUCCAGAAUGAUCCAGGAUACAGGGGCUCUGUAUUUCAACAAGCAGCUCGUGGCAAGAACAGAAGACAGAGCAUCUUUUAGGCUCAGGAAGGUGGAGUGGCUGUAAAGGAAGGGAGAGGGAGAGGUGGGGGUUUGCAUUCCAGAAGAACAAGGAGGAUGGGCUGCCCAUCGGCGGGGAAGCCUGGUUCCUGUGCUGCACUCUUUACAUUGAGAAACUUGAACUCCCAGUUACACCACAGCAGAGCACCAUUACUGACCACCGGAUCUGGCUUAGCAACAUUCUCUCAGUAUUUGUUUCUGCUGCCUCCAGACACAAUUUCCGAACCCAUUCUAUCCCAGCCUAGAUUCUAUUCUAUCCCAUUCUAGCCUGCUGGAUCCAAGUGGGUAAGAAAACCAGGAGAAGUCUCCAUUGGUAGUUCUGAAUGCUUUCAUUGCUACCAAAAGUGGACACUAACAAAAACGAUCAAGCAUUUACAAUGAGGAAUCACUGAAUGAUCGUGAAGGGUCUGUCAGCACUCCAGAGCAUCUUAUGUGACGCUGCAACCCCAUGCAUUGAACCGGUCUUCUAUGUUUAACAGUAAUACCCCAGUGCAAUCUUUAUUGCUGUGAUUCCACAGUAAGUUAAGUCAUCGUGUGGAGGCUGGCUGUCAUUAGGAGCCUGAGCAGCCAGCAUUGCUCAGCCUCUGUUCACUGUCCUCUCGCCCCAAACCGAACAUGUUUUGUAAUAACAUGAAGACACACCACCUACUAACUUAUAAUAAGGGUAGAACUAGGAACCUCCUGGUGUGUCCAGGAGAUUUGAUAUUGCCCACAAACUCGCUGUACCACCUAGUGUGCAUAACAAUAGAGCUAGCAACAGCAAGCACCACACAUUGUUCUCCAACACUGAUGAAAGCAGACCUAUUGACAGCAGCCCUGAUACCGUGUCUGCCCCCGAUUCAGUGUAUACCUCUCAUUCACAAUGAUCCAAACUAACCCCAGCCGUAUCUGUGACUUUCCUUUCCACCCUGUGUAUCUGCUCUACCUGUCACCCCUGUUUGUGAUACUCACACAUGGGGGAAAAACACAGGUACAUUUUACAGCAACAUCUCUGUCCAUACAUGACAGUUAAUAUACGGUAUGUUCAUAUACAGUUGGUCUUUAAAAUGGUGCAAUAGCGUAUAUAUAUAUAUAUCUUGUUGUUAAUCUUUUUAACUUAAUAAAGCACAUUUUGCCAAUGCAAUGCACUUUCAUAGUUUAAACUACAGACCUCCAUCAUAUGGGAUAAAAAUACAGAGUGAAAUUUAAGAUGAUAUAAUCUGCAGUUUCUAUGCUUGUUUACUUUGACAUAAACUUCACUGAUGAAUAAAUACUAUAUAAAUACAACAAACACAAUGGUAAUAACUAAAAAAAAUUAAAUAAAAGAAAUACAAAAUGUAUACUUUUGAAUGAGCUGUAUUUUCUGAUAUCUGGAACUGCUGUACUGUUGAAUAAACUGCCGAAGUAUUCGAAAGCCGUUUGAAAUACUGCACGUGUAAUAACUAAAGAAUUAAUAUAAUGUCUUCAAGCGUUUUCUGAGAAUGUGAUCAUACAAGGAGUUAAAGAGUGCAUUGUAUGUUGAACACUAUUGUAGACGAUGUCUAAUUGUUUUAUAAAUGCGGUAUGUUUAGACUUUUUGUAUGGAAUAUGUGGUAUUAAAUAUUCUGUGUGAUUAUUCUGUUGUGAAGAUUAUGAAACUGAAUGUAUUGUGGAUGCUGCCAAGCCAUAAUUUAUGACAAUGAGAAAAGAUAAAUAAAU